AUGCCGGUGGUUGGCGUAGCCUCCAAGCUCAGGCAACCCUCCGCCGUGGGCACCAAGCCAGUGCAUACUGCUCUCCCCAUCCCCAGCGCAGUCAGGGCGGCCGCCUCGCAGGGCUUCAUGGCCCGGCAGCAGGAGCUCAGGGCGGGUGAGGGCGCCCCGGGGCUCUCCUGCCAGCUGUCAAUCAAGUCCGAGUACCAGCAGGAGAGGACGCCUGAAAGGAAGCCCAGGGCUGAGACAGAGGAGAGCAAGAUCUGCAAGAUUUACACAGACUGGGCCAAUCACUACCUGGCCAAGUCUGGCUGUCCACGCCUCAUCAAGGACCUGAGCCAGGACGUCACCGAUGGAGUCCUGCUGGCACAGAUCAUCCAGAUCAUAGCGAAUGAGAAGGUGGAGGAUAUCAAUGGCAGCCCCAGGAGCCAGUCGCAAAUGAUCGAGAAUGUGGACGCCUGCCUCAGUUUCCUGGACGCCAGAGGAGUGAAUGUACAAGGGCUCUCAGCAGAAGAGAUCAGGAAUGGCAACCUAAAGAGCAUCCUGGGUCUCUUUUUCAUCCUGUCCCGCUACAAGCAGCAGCAGCAGCAACAGCAGCAGUACUACCAGUCCCUGGUGGAGCUCAGCCAGCAGACCAGCAGCACCACACCGUCCGCCAGCAGCCUCAAGACACAAGAGAUGCAGUCCAGUCUCACAGCACGAUAUGCAAGUCCUCCGGGCCACAGUGGAAUAGGGUCGCCACAGAAGAAAAACACAAGGUUACCAGGCCCCUCCAGAGCACCUGCUGCAGGCAGCGGGGCCUCCAGGAGCCCGGGCUCAUCCAACCUCAACCGUCGCAGUCAGAGCUUCAACAGCAUCGACAAGAGCAAGCCUCUUCAGUAUGCCACUGGCAAUGACAGAGAAGCAGUGAGGGGGGUCCCAGCACCUGGCGGGAUGAAUGGGAGCGGUAUUGGUGGGACAGUCCCCACCAGCCUCAGCGGGCAGCAGCUGGCCUCUGCCAUCCCCUCACCCACCGCCGGCAAGUCCUGGCGCAGCAAGUCCAUGAACCUUAAGCACAGUGCCACUUCUUCCAUGCUGGCAAGCCCCACGCACUCACCCUCUCCCACCCAUUCACCACAGGCCUCUGAAGGACUUCUGCCACAUGGAAACGAUGGGUCAAAAGUAGGGUCGGCCGGUGGUGGUGGACCCCAGAGAUCCAUGCUGGAGAAGUUCCGCCUGAUCAACCCUAGAUCUGCUUCACGAGCGUCACCGUCUGUGGCAGAGAUGGCUCUGCAGGAGGAGGAUGACCUGUCGGAGUACGGUGAGGACGGAUUGACGCCCACGGGGUCGGUGUGCAGCACCGGCAGUAGCAGCGCUACGGCCAAGCAAAUGUCUACCAAGACCGCUGCAUCGUCCCUCACUGCACCAAGCAAGACUUCCUCUUCUUCCUCCCCCUCCUCUUCAUUUUCAAAAGCAUCUGCCAAUGGCAGCAGGUCCAUGUCCAAAGACAAGGAGGACAAAAGUAAGUCUGGGAAAUCUUCUAAGGACAGCUCUACACCCAAAGAGGACCGCGAGUCAUUUGCCGACACCACCAAGAAGACCUCCAAAAUUGCCAGCCUCAUCCCCAAGGGAGGGAAGCCAUCAUCUGGAAAGAAAGAUGGCGGCACCUCCCCAGCUUCCAGCGGCAUCCCCAAGCCAGGACUCAAAGCUCCCUCCAAUGCGACGUCCAAGCCUCAAAGUCAGUCACAGAGCCAAAGCCAGGCCGCCUUAAACAGCAGCGGCAACAUGCGGGGUGGAGAGGGGGAGAGGGCAAAGCUGACGAAAGGAGGGCAGGGUGGGAGUUUCUAUAUACAGCGCUCCAUUGGGGGCCCAGAGGGCAAAAGGACCAGCAUGACCUCCUCCACCAGCACCUCAGCCCUGUCUGGGUCCAAUGGGAUGCUGGGAGGUGGAGGAGGAGGGGUUGGGGGAGUAGGAGGAGCGGCGAUUGGAGGGAACGGAGUAGUUCAGCUUCCUCAGCAGCAGCAGCACAACCACCCCAAUACUGCCACUGUGGCCCCCUUCAUGUACAGGACGUUCUCAGAAAAUGACUGCACCAUGGUGGCCCCAGCCGACCCCUGCCUCAGCCCCACCAAGGGAGAGCUGGUCUACAGCAAGACAGCCAAACAGUGCCUGGAGGAGAUAUCAGGAGAGGAUCCUGAGACAAGACGCAUGAGGACGGUGAAGAACAUCGCUGACCUGCGGCAGAACCUGGAAGAGACCAUGUCCAGUCUGCGGGGGACGCAGAUCAGCCACAGUACACUAGAAACAACCUUCGACACCACAGUAACCACUGAGGUCAAUGGGCGGAGCCUACCAGCCCUAACUACACGUUCCUCCCCCAUGGCCUGGCGUCUGGGCCAAUCACAAACCCCGCGUCUUCAGGCAGGCGACGCCCCCUCAAUGCCCAGCAGCUACGCUCCGCCCAGGGCGAGCACGACAAGCGCUGGCACCACCACAGGGCGCUACAGCGGGCAUUCGGACCCCUCCAGAUACCUUACCGACGGCGGCCUCCAUCUGUAUGCGCGGAAUGCAGGCAGAGCCUCAGACGUGGCUUCUUCUCGAGAAAUAUCCCAGAGAGGGAGCAAGGAGGUGCAGGGCGACAUAGACAGCUGGGACGACAGCAGCUCGGUGAGCAGCGGCCUGAGCGACACAUUAGACAACAUCAGCACUGAUGAUCUGAACACACCCGCCUACUCUGCUGUCAGCUCAUCACGCAAAAGCAAGGGAGCGCAGUCCCAGAGAGGAAGCAGGUCCAAGCAUGCAGAGCAGGAGGUGAGCAGCAGCUGGGCCGGAGCAGAGGACCUGAAGAAGGUUGAGGAGGAGCUGGACGCAAGCAUGGACCCCAGCAGCGGCUCCUCCCGCUGGAAGUCUUCCUCAUCAUCCUCUUCCUCACAAGCCCAGGCCCAGUAUGAGGAGGCCGGUCAGAAGGCUGCUGCGCUGGCCCAGAUGUCCCAGACAGGCUCGUGGAGGAGGGGCAUGACGGCCCAGGUGGGCAUCACGCCACCCAGGUCCAAGGGCACCUCUGCUGCCCUCAAAACACCAGGCAAAACUGAUGAUGCCAAGGCCUCAGAGAAGGGCAAGGUGCCUUCUAAGAGUUCAGCUGGCAUCCAGCGCUCACCCUCAGAUGCUGGGAAGAAUAGUGGAGACGAAGGUAAGAAACCUCCCUCUGGCAUUGCACGUCCACCCACCACUGGUUCUUUUGGAUACAAGAAGAUCCCUGGUCCCACCGGUGCCCUAAUCACCUCCAGCGGUGCAACGCUCACCAGUGGCUCAGCCACCCUGGGCAAGGCGCCCAAAUCCUCAGCUGCCCUUGGCAAAGGCACAGGCAUCGGCGGUGUGCGUAAGACCAGCCUGGAUGGUUCACAGCCCCAGGACGAUGGCGUUCUACUCAGCUGCAGUGGCUCCAAAGUGACCCUACAGUACCGCUCUCUACCCAGACCGGCCAAAUCUUCCAGUGGGGUGGCAGCGGGGCGCAGCGGGCAUCGCUCCAGCUCCAGCAGCAUCGACUCAAACGUCAGUGGCAAGUCAGCUGGAGGGGCAGCGACACAAGCGGGUGCCAAACGCAGGGACGGGAAAAUGGGCUCAGACCGCUCCAGUCCCAUCACCAUUAACCAGACAGACAAGGAGAAAGUGGCGGUGUCAGACCAGGACGCAGCAGCAGGACUAUCCACCUCCCCCAAGUCCAGCCCCACCUCCAGUUCAACAGGCCAAUCAGGCCUCAGGCAGCCGGGCUCCAAGUACCCAGACAUUGCUUCUCCUACAUUCCGCAGAUUGUUUGGCACCAAAGCCAGCAGCAAGGCCAGCUCUCCGGGCACGCCCGACUCUGGCAAGUGCCCCUCAAUACUGGGCAGCCCCCACGGCACGCUGGCGAGGCAGGCCAGUCUGGACUCGCCCUCCUCUGGCACAGGGAGCCUGGGCAGCGCCGGCGGCCUGAGCGGCGGCAGCAGCCCACUGUACGGUAAAACCCCAGACCUGUGCACAGACUCCCCAGCCUCCAGCCCGGCCUCUGGCCUCUCCCUGCCCUCCAACGCUCGGCCCUGGCCUGCCUGUAGCUCGUCAGCUGGCAGCAAGGACACACUGAGCUGCCAAAGCAUGACCAGUCUGCACACCAGCUCUGAGUCCAUUGAUCUGCCGCUAGGCCACCACGGGCCCAAGGUCACACGAACCGGCAGUGUCAAGUCCACCCUGUCUGAGGGCAUGCCUCUUGACAGAAACACGCUUCCCAAAAAGGGACUGAGGUACCCUCCGUCCUCCCGGCAGACGUCCCAUGAGGAGGGGAAGGAGUGGUUGAGGUCCCAUUCAACAGGGGGGCUUCAGGACACAGGUAGCCAGUCCCCGCUCUCUCCUCCUGGAGCUUCCUGCACCACCAGUGGAAAAUAUCACUACUCCAACCUGCUGAGCCCCACUAACAUCAGCCAGUAUAACUUGCCACCAGGCAGCAGCAGCAUGAGCCGCUCUAACAGCAUCCCUGCCCAGGACUCCUUUGACCUGUACGGAGAGGGUCACCCGCUGGGUGGCAGCGCAACCUCCCUGGAGGAACGGCCACGGGCCAUCAGCCGCUCCGGCUCCUUCAGGGACAGCACUGACGAAGUCCACGGUUCUUCAUUGUCUCUGGUCUCCAGCACGUCUUCACUGUACUCUGCGACGGAGGAGAAAGCACACUCAGAGGGCCAAACAGUCCAAAAUUCCACGCAAAUCAGAAAGCUGCGUCGGGAGCUGGACGCCUCUCAGGAGAAGGUGGCGACCCUGACGUCUCAGCUGGCUGCCAAUGCUCACCUGGUGGCAGCCUUCGAGAAGAGCCUGAGUAACAUGACCUGCCGUCUGCAGAGCCUCACCAUGACCGCUGAACAAAAGGAGUCUGAGUUGGCUGAGCUGAGGGAGACGAUAGAAACGCUGAAGACCCAGAACACAGACGCCCAGACAGCCAUCCAGGUGGCGCUCAACGGCCCUGACCACCUACACAAAGACCUGCGGAUUAGACGGCAGCACUCGUCAGAAAGUAUGUCCAGUAUCAACAGCGCAGCCAGUCACUCCAGCAUGGGCAGCCUUGGCAAGGAUGCCGAAGACAAAAAGAAGAAGAAGAAGAGCUGGGUGGCUGACUCCAUCCCGGCUCAGUUACGCAGCUCCUUCAAGCAGGCGUUCAGCAAGAAGAAAACCAAAUCCCAGUCGGCCCACGACGAGAUGGAGGAGAUGACCGACUCGCUGCCGUCCUCGCCCAAACUGCAGCACGACAACAGGCAAGGCAGCAUCGCCACGCUGCGCUCUUCUCCCUCCACCACAGAGCUGUGCGAAUGCACCGAAGCCGAGGCUGAAAUCGUCCUCCAGCUGAAGAACGAGCUGAGGGAGAAGGAGCUCAAGCUGACGGACAUCCGCCUGGAGGCACUUAGCUCCGCCCACCACCUGGACCAGAUCCGAGAGGCCAUGAACCGCAUGCAGAAUGAGAUCGAGGCGCUGAAAGCAGAGAACGAUCGUCUCAAGUCCAGCGGUAACGCCACGCCAACCGCCACGCCCAUCAAGACGGCCCGGCCACCCUCGGAGACCUCCAGCACGUCCUCGUCCUCCUCGCGUCAGUCAUUGGGGCUGUCGCUCAAUAACCUCAACAUCACUGACACCAUCAUGUCAGAUAUUCUGCUUGAUGACAGCUACGAGGGCAAUCUGCGCAAGGAGGGCCGGAGUGUGAGAAUAGUGGUCACCAUCACCUGUGGGCCAAAUACCACCAAGGGUACACAAAGCCAGGAGUACCUGAUCGGGUCAAUAGGUGUGAGUGGAAAAACCAAGUGGGAUGUCCUGGAUGGAGUCAUCCGACGCCUCUUCAAGGAGUAUGUGUUUCGGGUGGACCCUCUGACCAGCCUGGGUCUCAGCUCAGACAGCAUUGUCUGCUACAGGAUGGGCGAGGUCGUUCGCUCCCACGCCUCCGAAGUGCCUGAGCUGCUGCCCUGCGGCUACCUGGUGGGCGACAACAACGUCAUCAAGGUCAACCUCAAAGGUGUGAAGGAGAACAGCAUCGACAGCCUGGUGUUUGACACGCUGAUUCCAAAGCCCAUCAUCCAGCGAUACCUCAACCUGUUGAUGGAGCAUCGCCGUAUCAUCCUCUCGGGACCCAGCGGCACCGGCAAAUCCUUCCUGGCCGCCAAGCUGGCGGAGUACAUCAUUUCCCAGAUGGGGCAGGAGGUGACGGAGCACAACGUGGCCAGCUUCAACGUGGACCAGAAUUCCAGCAAGGACCUGCGUCAGUAUCUGUCCAACCUGGCAGAACAGUGUAACUCCGAGGAGACGGACACGGAGCUCCCCACUGUGGUCAUCCUGGACAAUCUCCACCAUAUUGGCUCCCUCAGUGACAUAUUCAACGGCUUCCUCAACUGCAAGUACCACAAAUGCCCUUAUGUUAUUGGGACCAUGAACCAGGGAGUUUCCUCCUCUCCGAACCUUGAGCUGCACCACAACUUUAGGUGGGUGCUGUGCACCAACCACACCGAGCCAGUCAAAGGCUUCCUGGGCCGUUUCCUGCGGCGGAAGCUGAUCGAGACGGAGAUCGAUAAGAACAUGCGCAGCAAUGACCUGAUUAAGAUCAUUGACUGGAUCCCCAAGACCUGGCAGCACCUCAACGGCUUCCUGGAGGCACACAGCUCCUCCGAUGUCACCAUAGGCCCCCGUCUCUUCCUGUCCUGUCCCAUGGAUGUAGAAGGCUCUCGGGUUUGGUUCACCGACCUGUGGAACUACUCCCUGGUGCCCUACCUGCUGGAGGCUGUCAGGGAGGGGCUUCAGCUGUACGGCAAAAGAGCAGCAUGGGAGGAUCCAUCCAAGUGGGUGAACGACACGUAUCCGUGGAACGCCGCCUCACUGCAGCAGGACGGCCAGUCACUGCUCCAACUGAGGCCGGAGGACGUGGGAUACGACGGGUAUAGCUCAUCCAAGGAGGGAGCCUCGUCCAAGCAGGUGUCUCAGAGUGACACAGAGGGAGACCCACUGAUGAACAUGCUGCUACGGCUGCAGGAAGCUGCGAACUACUCCAGCACGCAGAGCUGCGACAGCGACAGCACCAGUCACCACGACGACCAGCUGGACUCCUCGCUGGAGUCGGCGCUAUGAGACCAAGAGCUGCGCUGGGAGACGCCGAACCCUCAGAAUGCCCGGGAGCCUUUGAACCUCUGGCGCUAGCAGACACCCCUAUAAUGCACAGAUGUAUGAUAUAUGAAAAGUUUUAUUGUCCAAAAUGGUAUACGCACCAUUUGAAAGAAAACACAUAUUUUUACAUCAGAAUGGUGCAAUAUUACAUCAAAUUAUUGUAUGUUUUAAAGAGCAGUAGCCAACUUGGUCCUCAGUGGUCAAAAUGAUAAACAAUCAUACAAGUUGGAUCCAUUAUAUUUUAAACACACUAAAUAGUAAGGUCAGCUAGUCAUUUUUAAUGGAUGUAUAACAUUUUAGAAUACAACUUUUCAUAUAUGUGGAGGCGGGAUGUGUCUGAAAAGGGACAGUAGUUCCUCUGAAGAUGGCUUUCAAGGAGCAAAUCACAUUUGUGCUCAGCCACGAUGAGCCACCGAUCUCUCCGUUAUUUUAGCGACGGUCCCACUAAGUGUCGGGAAAAAGAGGAAGCCAAGAGUGCGACGUGACACAACUGGAUUUUUCUUUUCUUUUUUUUAAAUCCCAGAUAUAUCCUCAGAUGUUUACAAUUAGUGGCAAGGUUCUAUUGUUUAUGUCUUUCCUUGUUUACAGAGGUGCUUCUCACACACACACACACACACACACACACACACACACACACAUACACACAAUCAUAUAAAUGCACUUAAACACAGGCAGCAGGAGGAGAACUUUAAUCAGAGGCUUUAAUUGGGUCAAGCCCCCAUGUGACCAACAAUCCAGCCUGCCAAAGUGUCCUUGAGCAAGGCACUAUUUAUACCACGCUGGGACCUCUGACCCCACCUGUUGAGGGAGGCAAGUAAGAGGAGAACACUGUUGUGUUUUCAGGUGGUGCAGCGCCCUCUGGUGGUCACAAGAGAGGCUCUCAGCUUUUAGAAAACAGUGGCUGUACACAGAUUUUCUUUCCACACAAAUCAGAUUCAUCACAGAUCCAUUUUGAUUGAUUUGAUUUUUGUGCUUCAGUAAUGUCCAACAAAGUCAACAACCAGCUGUUUAACUGAACUGGAUCCUCACAUGUUCCUAUUUUAGAGUGCAGGGCUGAGGGGCACUUUUUCGUCUCAUUGUUUACCACUAUAUCACCUUAUUUGGGUGUGUUUGCCUUUUCUGAACAUAAAGACAACUCUGCACCUCCAUGAUGGCACCAAAUGAGAGACAUUUGCAAAGCCUCUACAGCCCAACUAGGAUCAGAAGAAUUACCUGUUCGUAACACACACACCCACACACACACACACACACGGCUCACAACCCUCCUCCUCAGUUGUCAGUUGAGCCCCGUGGUGCUGGUCUCCUGCUCUGAGCCUCCUCAGUGUCAGGCACUGCCAAGCCGCUCCUGGCUGCCCCGCAUGCCAACAACAAGCACAACGAAAGCGCAUUGUCCGUGUGUCGUCCAGCCACAUUGCAACUGUGAAGAAAAAAAUGGACAAGUGCCAACGUUUCCCUUUGAUUUACUGCCAAAUGCGCGCGUGCACACACACACACACACACACACACAGACAAAACCAUACACCCACAGCUGACCAUGGUUGUAAACUUAAAUUAAGUUGUUCUUGGCCUUCCACACUCCACAGCCUGUUGUCACUCCUUAGCUUAAGAUGCACCACGAGACCAGCAGGCAGCGCCCUCUGUGGGUCGUCACAGAACUGCAUCAGUUGACUGUUGUCUAAACCCCUCUGCCGAUUGUCCAAUCAUUAGUAACCGUGACUCGGUUCACUCCGUGUGUCAAGCUUUGGAUUUCUCCACACCUUAAAGCAGAGAGUUUAAGAGAUAGUCUGCAUUUAAAGAGUUUAGAGGGCUUCUUCAACCUUUCCAAAAUGAAAAAUGCAAGCAAAAGUGUCAGGAAUAGGUCAAAUAACCUCUAAUGUUAGCUUCAAGCGUUAGCGUGAUUGAUUAAAAGCUAAAACAUACUGAAAAAUGAGGCUUUAGCCUCUGUAUUUCAGCACCGUAUCACGUUUCACACCAUCGAGAACAUAUUUAAGAACCGGUGACAUUACCGUCUUAAAAUGAGUCAGGAGGAAACAUUAAAAACAUUAUCGUAAUUAGCUAGGUAGCUACAGCUGACAAAAUCUGUCAGCAACAGUUGUCAUUUCACCUGACGCAUACAAACUGGAGUACCAAUUUUUUCAGAAAUGGCUGAGUUCUUUGGAUAGAUGUGCUGUUGUCGCUGCACAGGUGAGGUGUGAGGAUGAAUAGCUUGACAGGCGCAGGGGGAGGGAUUCGUUAACGGUUAACUGGAAAUCGCUGAAUUUCUGUGAUGUUUGCGUUAACCUGCAUGGAGAGUCCAGCUGGUGGGGUUUGCAGCUUCAAGGAAAUUCAGAAAGUAACAGGAAGGCCUACACUCCAAGAGACCCAGAGCGACGACACUGUUUGCUCAAUCAACAAAAUAUCAGAAACACUGAAUGAUGCAAGCCGACAUUUGAUAGUCUUGUUCAGCAUCUGCGCCCAUGGGGGAUACGUGGGGUACCCAAAAAAGAAUCCAAAGUAUUUUCAAAUGCAAGUUAACCAGAUCAGCCCAAGAGCUGAGUAAGGGAACAAUGAUACUGGUGCUUUCUCACUGCCUUAAAUGUGCAAAAGUUUGGGAGGCAUCCUGUGCUCCCAUUGGCUAAAGUGAGAAGAAGACACGUUGAUGGCGGAUGAUGAUGAUCUGCUUCCCGCUACGUCAAAGAAGCUGCUCGUAGUCGGAAAAACAGCCUCUUUCGUUUCUUGUCCCUCUUCCUCCGAGCCGCCCCCUUUCAUGUUUCUGACAGUUAAUGUAUAAAAGAGCUGAUGCUGUAUUUGAAUUUAAAAACUGACCAAUAUUGUAAAACAUUUAAAAAGGGGUGGGGUAUUUUUUAGUUGUUUUUUCGCCCAGUUGAGCUGGGCUCACUUGAACUGACAGGAGCACAACCAAACUGUUUUGGGUUUUCUAGCCUGACGAACGCGUUUUGAAGCUUUUUAAAGGGGAUGCAUUGAGAAGAGACCUUUGUCAUUAUGUAUGCGUGUAUUGGACAGAAGCCAUUUUGAAUUCUGAUUGUCCUCUCUUUGUUUAACGAGUGGGUUGGUUUUGCACACUUUGAGGUGGGGGUGGGUUGUAAAUACUUAAGUCUUGCACAGUGAAUCAAAGAUGCAUUCUGCCCUGUUGAUGUUACAAUAUGCUUAACCCGCUGAGUAAAUUAUUGUACUUUGAAAACAGAGAGAAAAAAAAAAGAAACGCAAAAACUCAACACGCUGUCAGAAACAGGUGUGUGUCUUGUGGUGAUUGGAUGUUUUGCCUAUGCAGGAGGCAUACGGUGUACAGUAAGAAACUGUUUUUUAAGUCACUAAAAUCACAGACUGAGAACAAAAAAUAGGCACUUUUCUGGUAUUCCCCCGUGCUGCCAUAAUAUUCUCUGGAUCCUCUCCGUCUUUAGGAAUGCCUGUUGUUCCUUAGAAGCACUUCCUGUCUGGAGACUUUAACCCAAGCUUACCGCCACGUUAGGCUUGCCAGCUGUCCGAGGCACCGAAGCUGACCUGACACCGUACUGUAUACAUUUACCAACAACCAACAGGUGCUACUGGUCAGUCAAAGCCCACCAGAGACCAAGAAGUCAUGUUGUCACAACCUCAGGACAAUCCUAUCCUCUACAAUCCUACCUGUGUUCAGCUUCACGGGUGUCUCUGCAGCCAAGCCUCUGAUUGGUCGCACAUCUGGCCAACUUGUCCGGCCUCGUGUCUGCAAGGAUGUGCAGUUGCAUGAUAAGGGGGUGGUUACUAAGGUAACGGGUUGCUCCUUACCUGCGGUUACACCCAUGUAUCAAACCUGAGCUUAUAUCUCCAACAAUCCACCCUCUCAGCCACUCUGCACUCCUGUUUUAGGCCAUUAGUUCCCGAGCUAGCAGAACUUUGACACCGUAAACAGUGUACACCAUAGUCUUGAUGAUCAACUGGUAAUUUUUUCCACUUAACACUUUGCAGUUACAUCUCAGUUGAAAACCAUAGCAUUUACUCUGGUUUGAGAGAAAGUUUUCUUCUUUUUGGGUGAAACAUUUGUCCUUAAAUGUUUUAUAUUUUGUACAUUUGUAUGUAACAUAUCAUGUAAAUAGACAGAGACAGUGAUUUAACUCAUCUGGAGGAUUUUGUAGUCUUUGUAAAGCCCUAAUAAAUGGUAUUUGGUGUCACACGA